AUGCGUUGCUAUGGUGGAUACUAUGGAGGCCUGGGCUAUGGCUAUGGUUGCCUAGGCUGUGGCUAUGGCUGUGGCUAUGGUGGCUAUGGUUAUGGCUGUGGCUAUGGUUAUGGUUGCUGCCGCCCACUGUGUUGUAGAAGGUACUGGUCCUGUGGCUUCUACUGA